AUGUGUAGUAGUGAAAAUAAGCGGAAGUUUAAACAAAAAGCGCAACUGGUCAUUAUUGCUGCUGUUAUUAUUGCAUUCGUUGAAAGUUUCAUUAAGAAUCAGACAACUAUGACACCAAUAGUAACAAUUGCUGUUGCUGUUCAUAUUCCUAAUACUAUUGCGAAAAUUACAACAACAACAGCAGCAACGACAACAAUAACAACAACAAAACAACAACAAUAA